GGGAGAGGAAAGAAGGAAGGAAACCCCGAAAGCCGCUCUGUAAAGUGGUGGCGCAAGUGCUGAUGAAGCGGAUUCGUGGAGUUGCGGGGUUGGCUCCUCCGAGUGGCUGAACUGAAAGGAGGGGGGGGAAGGUGGGCGUGGACCUUUUAAAAGAACUCCGCCACGCGCCGUUUCAGCGGACGCCUGCCUGGGAUUGGCUGAGCUGCCAGAGCUUCCUUCCCUGGCUGGCCAAUCCCCGAGGAGAACUUCCUGGAGGCUUUUUCUCUUUCUCCUCCACGCUGUUGUCUCUCCAGUAGGGUAGGCGAGAGGCGGGGACGCGUCUGAGCCAAAAUACUCCGGAGCCAGAAACUGCAGGGCCAGGAAGAGAGCAAGAAGGAGGAGCAGUCGGGAGAAGUGACCGCACCUGGGCUGGUUGGCAGCAGCUUCCCCAAUGAGGCUCCACAAACCCUGCCUUCUGGUCCUCCUCUUGGGACUGGCCCAGCUGCUGGUGCUGGCGAGCGCCCACGAAGCGGGCGAGGAUUCUUUUAUUAAAGAUGAUGCCGUUGAUGAAGAAGAGGAGGAGGAAGAUUAUGAUGAAGAUGAAGAAGAUGAUUCUGAAAUAAAAGAAGAUAAUGGGGUCCUGGUCCUGAAUGAUGACAACUUUGACACCUUUGUGGCUGACAAAGACACUGUGUUGCUGGAAUUCUAUGCUCCGUGGUGUGGUCACUGUAAGCAGUUUGCUCCAAUAUAUGAAAAAAUAGCUAAGACCCUUCAAGAAAAUGAUCCUCCUAUCCCUGUUGCCAAAAUUGAUGCAACAGCAGCAUCUACCUUAGCAAGCCGGUAUGAUGUGGGAGGCUAUCCCACCAUCAAAAUCCUGAAGAAGGGGCAGGCAGUAGAUUACGAUGGCCCAAGAACAGAAGAUGAUAUUGUUGCUAAAGUCAAAGAGGUUUCUCAGCCCAGCUGGACCCCUCCACCUGAAGUGACCCUGGUGCUCACUAAAGAUAACUUUGAUGAAGUAGUAAAUGAUGCCAAUAUCAUUUUGGUGGAGUUCUAUGCUCCUUGGUGUGGACACUGCAAGAAACUUGCUCCAGAAUAUGAGAAAGCUGCGAAAGAACUCAGUAAGCGUUCUCCACCCAUUCCCUUGGCUAAAGUAGAUGCCAUUGAAGAAACCGACCUGGCCAAGAGGUUCGAUGUCACUGGAUACCCAACUCUAAAGAUCUUCCGCAAGGGGAAGGCUUUUGAUUACAACGGCCCACGAGAAAAAUACGGUAUUGUGGACUACAUGAUUGAACAAUCUGAACCUCCAUCCAAAGAAAUUCUGGCUGUGAAACAAGUCCAGGAAUUCCUGAAGGAUGGAAAUGAUGUCAUUAUCAUUGGCAUCUUCAACAGCGCUGAUGACCAAGCUUAUCAGCUGUAUCAGGAAACUGCGAACAACUUGAGGGAAGAUUACAAAUUUCACCAUACUUUCAACAGUGAAGUUGCAAAAUUCCUGAAAGUCUCUUCUGGAAAGUUGGUUGUAAUGCAGCCAGAAAAAUUUCAUUCUAAGUAUGAACAAAAAAUCAAAGUUUUAGACAUUAAGGAAUCCACUGAAGGAGCUGCCAUCAGGGAUCACGUGGUAAAGCAUGCUGUGCCAUUAGUUGGUCAUAGAACAACUUCCAAUGAUGCCAAGAGAUAUGCUAAACGUCCUCUGGUGGUUGUCUAUUACACUGUGGACUUCAGUUUUGACUAUAGAGUUGCUACUCAGUAUUGGAGGAACAAGGUCUUGGAAGUUGCUAAGGACUUCCCUGAAUAUACCUUUGCCAUUGCUGAUGAGGAUGACUACUCUUCUGAAGUGAAGGACUUGGGACUUAGCGACAGUGGUGAAGAGAUCAACGUAGCUAUCCUAGCUGAGGGUGGCAAGAAGUAUGCCAUGGAACCAGAGGAAUUUGAUUCCGAUACUCUCAGAGACUUUGUGUUGGCCUUCAAAAAAGGUGAAUUAAAAGGCAUCAUCAAAUCCCAGCCUGCGCCCAAAAACAACAAAGGGCCAGUAACAAUUGUGGUGGGUAAGACAUUUGACUCUAUAGUGAUGGACCCCAAGUCAGAUGUCCUCAUUGAGUUCUAUGCCCCAUGGUGUGGACACUGUAAGCAGCUAGAACCUGUGUACACCGAUUUGGGGAAGAAGUACAAGCAUCGGAAAAACCUGGUCAUAGCAAAGAUGGAUGCCACCGCCAAUGAUGUGACCAACGACCACUACAAGGUGGAAGGAUUUCCUACCAUCUACUUUGCUUCUCGCACUGACAAAAAUAACCCUAUUAAAUUUGAAAAUGAGAAGAGAGAUUUGGAGCACUUGAGUGCAUUUAUAGAAGAGCAUAGCACAAAACUGAGCAGGACCAAAGAAGAGCUUUAAAGGCGAAGAGGAGGAGGGGAGAGGCCAUGGAUAUACACUGUAGUUUUCCAAUGAAAGGUUGUUGAAUGGGGAACCAAAUGAGCCUUGUGGGCAGAAGGGGGUUUGGGUGUUAAAGCAGUUGCAGUAUCUGAUUUUUUUUUUUAUUUCACAUUGUGUUACAGACAUGGAACUGACAUAAAUGCCUCAUAAUAGUAUGGUUCAGAUAUUUAAGGAAAAUACAUCUAUUUUUGCCAUUAUUUGGGCUUGAUUAUUUUCAUUUUUUAACCUUCUACUCUUUUUAAUACUUCAACAACCCCUCAAGCAGAUAAGUCUCUAUAUGUGGAUGUUUUUUUUUUUAAUUUAAAUUUUAAAAUAGAAAAAAAAACCUUUGCCAAAUCACUUUGGUAUUUUGACUUUUUAUUUUUAAUCAUCGUCUGAAGUGUUGCAGUUUAUGGUGAACUUAAUUGUUGUAUUUUUUAUUUUUGUUGCUUUAUUUCAACGAAGCUUGACCAUAUAAAAAUUUGUUAGGAGCAGAGGCUGCAGGUCAGAACCAUCACAACUGAUACCCAGUCAUCCAAGGAUGACAGUAUUUGCCAGUUCCUUUUCUGCCUAAGACAUCUUAAGGAUGGGUGUACAGUGAGGACCAUGAGUAGAUGUGACUUCUGUGGUAUCUGGGUGUUUAUAAUUGUUGGCUGUGUUUGGAGGAACAGUAAUUGUAGCAUCUGUGAUCCCAGAGAUGCCUUUGUAAGACUGCAGGAGAGGCAUCUUGGAGACAGUCUAGUCCAAAGCCUUCAUUUUAUGACUGAGGAAACUAAUGGCCCAAAGCAAAGCUAAAUGACCUGUCCAAAGUCACACCAGAUAGUAAAUAGUAGUAGAGCCAAGAUUUAAAACCUGGGUUCAAAUCCAGUAUUCAUUGCACCACAACGUUUUUCUUCCAGGUCUCUCCUCUCCUUAAUGCUUCCCUUCUACCCCCUCAAAAAAAAAAAAAAGACAGCACUUUAUAUGAUACAUCAUCUAUCAACGCCAGGAUGCAUUCCAAAAACAAAAUGUGCAGUUGGAAACUUUAUUAACAGAGGUAAAAAAUAUAUAUAGUCUAUAGUGAUAGAGAUGUGUGCUAAGACAUAUCAUAUGCAAUAGGAGCUGGGGCUGUGCUAUGAAAAUAUCAGCUGUGCUGGAAAACAGACUUCUGCCUCUGAGAGGCUUGAGAAAGUUGUUGGGGAAGAACUUCUGAGUGAAGUGGAAAAACACUAAAUUAGGAGACCUGCCAUUAUCUGGGAGACUUGGUAAGACACUUAACCUAAAUAAGGGAGUUUACCUAAGGUCCCUGCCAGUCCAAAAUUCAAUGAAGGAAGGUGGAGGUAGCAUAAUAACCUUCAUGGUGUAGAUUUCUGCUAAGAAAACUCCAAGUACUGAGGGAAAGCUCCUUCCAACUCUAAGUCUGUGAGAUACAGGUGCUCUUUUGUUUCAGAAAAGAAAUACAGGUUCCUCACUCCCCCUGCAGCUAGAGAGUCCUUCUGUAGGGAGCAGAGGGCCUUCUGAGCAUUGUAGUUUCAAAUCCGUUUCCCCAUAUUGCCUUCCUCAAAAGUAUAAAUGACUUAUUUUCCUGUUUUGAAAGGAAGGAGAGGGUGAAGAAAUAGGGUAAUUGGACACCUAAUAUGAACAUCUGAAUCCACCAUGUGAGGGCCUGCUCUGUGUAAGGAAAGGGCACUAAAAAGGGGAUCUUGAAACAGACUGCAACCUUGUCUGUGGCUGACCUUAUUUACCUUCCACACCAGAAGUAGAAUGUAAGGUCCUUGAGGACCCGGAAUGUAUCAUUGGAGCCUGGCAUCAAAAAUGGUCUACUUAUUAGUUGAUUGUUAGAAAUUUUGCCUUGGAAGCCUUUC